UUGAAUGGAGUGGUGGUGGGCCUGAGAUUACCAGCUGGGUUACAUGGGCUGGUGAGGCCAUUGCCCAGAGCUGCAGCUCUGGCUUUGUAAAAGGGAGCUCACUCUUCCUAGUUCCCUGGGUUGUUGGAAGGAUUUAGUGGGGUCUCUAGCUCAGUGAGUGUUCAGUAUGCUAAAGCCAUCACUACUGUUCCUAUCACUGUUACUUGGUUUUCUUCCCAAAGAGUUUAUGUAGAAGUCAGGUAUGUAAUUGUGCACACACACCACACCACGGGGUUACAACAAAGGCCCAUGGGUUUCUCCAGUGUCCACGAGGCUCCUAAGCCUUCCAUCCCUGACGCAGACAAAGGUGGAAUAAUGAAAAGUUUGACAUCUAUAUAGCAUUAACCAAUUGCCAGGCCCUGUUCUAAACCCUUGACAUAUAUUAACUCACUUAUCUUCAAAACAAGCCUACAAGGUUGUGUUAUUCUGCUCAGGGAGGCUCUGCAGCUUGUCCAAAGUCACGCAGCUAGUAAGUAAUGCAUUGAGAUUGGAACCCAGAACUAGAGGAACCAGCCUCUAGUCUAUUUAACAGAAAGGCCAGAGACCCAGGCAUCUGUGCAGCCAGUGAGAGGCCCACACUUCCUGUCAAAAGAACAUCCGGAGAACAGGCUGGGAGCUGGAAGGAGGGUCCCGUUGCAGCCACCAGCUGGCUCCUUCUACGGACAGAGAAGUCUGCCACAGAGAGGAUUACAGAGCCCAGCUGCCUGGGAGGUGGGGGGCGGCCCAAGCCUCCUGUUCCCACUCCCUGUUCCCUCUGUCCGGGGCCCCUAGCUGAGUGAGGCCCGCCCACCCCCACCCUCUGGGCAGGAAGACAAACAGGGCUGGAACAGAACAGGACAGGACGGAAUGUCCUCUGGGCAGAGCAGGACUGGAGGCCCCUGCCCCCCACCAACCAGGAGGGAGGGGAUGGGGGUGAUUGCUGGCUUCCUUCACCUCUCCACCCAGCCUGCCCCCUUCUGUGCCUCCUACACCCUUGCACGGAGGAGUGUUCUCCCCACCACAGCCAGCUGGGACAGUCCCCUCCCCUCCCCUCUCCCCUUCGUGCCCUUGGGUGAAGCAGCAGGUCUCCUGCUGGGGGUGAGGUUGAUGUCACCCCAGAAGUGGCCUCUGGCUUUUAGGAAGGGAUGGCCUCCCCUUCUGGAGUCGGCUUCCAUAGGGUGAGUCCCAAGGAAGGAAUUAGAGAAGGCAGGCUUCAGAACCUCACUGCCUAGGUGCAAAUCCCAGUUCUGGCAGUUACUGGUUUUGUGACUUUUUAGGCAAAGGACUUCACUUUUCAGAGCCUCAGUUUCCCCUUUGUGAAAUGGAGGUCUAAAGUGUUCGCCACCUAAGGGCCCCUGGGGUUGAGUGAGUACACUCAGGCAAGUACUCAGCACAGUGCCAGACACAGGAAUGCUUAGCAAGUUAUUAAUGGUUUUAUCGAUAUAAAUAUAGAUAAGAUUAUAUAUACUAUACUAUGUGAUAUACUCUCUUUUUUAAAGAAGUAUAGAGUGUGGAUUCAGACAGAUCUGGAGUUCAACUUUUUAGACAGUGGCAAAAACAGCACUAAAACCUGGAGCCAAAUCCAGGGCCAUUGAACAGAGCAAGUUGAAGACUUCAAGGCAGAGCGGUAUUCCGACCCUGGCUUCACUCCUUACGGGCAAGCACCGCACCUUUUGCCUUGUUUUUUUCAUCUGUUCGAUGGGAUAAUGUUACUACCUUCCUUCUAGGGUGGUCUGAGCUCUAAGUGGGUUAAUGUAAGUUACACACAAGGCACAGGGACUGACAAAAUAGGAAAAGCUGGAUAAGUGGCAGGUACUUCUGACAAAAUGAUACUCACCCUUGUACCCCCAACCCACCGAACUCAGGCACUGAACUGGAUUAAAGGGUAGGGGUGAGUGGUUAGCUGUUGGCUGGACAGAACCUGGGGUUGGUUUGCUCUGUCACCCUGGCAGGGCCCCUGUUGGUGAGCCGUUGGACUUUGAGAUCGGUGCUCCAAGAUUCUGAGGACUCAGCCCAGCUGGAGGGGAAAGGGCAAGAGAGGGGGUUCUGGGAGGCAGGGGCCCUAAAGGCUGCACGCAUCUUCUCCCUCCCCUGGCUCCGGGCCAACUCGGCCAGCCCCCUCCCAGCAGGAGGCCUCCCUGUCCCCCAGGCGUCCCAAGCCCGGGGAAUAAACAGCAGAUAAGUCAGGGAGGGGACAGCGGCCCUGGGCACGCCUUGGAGAGGAGCGAGGCGCCGGGGGGCAGCGUGGGCUGGCGCAGGCACAGAUAAAACUCGAGGCUAGGAGCGCCUCUCGAGUAUAAACCUCCCAGGUCCAGAGAGCUCCGGGAGCAAGCCCGGGCCACACAGCGUCUGUGCAGUAGCGGCCCUGCCCUCUAUGAGCCCGGGCUCCAUGUGGCAUCACUCCACGUUCUUGGCCCAUCCAACUCUGUCCCUUCCGGGGGCGCCGCCGGCGAAUGAUGCCGGUGCCCACAGGUCGAGCACAGAGCUGCGCAAGGAGAAGUCCCGGGAUGCGGCCCGCAGCCGGCGCAGCCAGGAGACCGAGGUGCUGUACCAGCUAGCUCACACGCUGCCCUUCGCGCGCGGCGUCAGCGCACACCUGGACAAGGCCUCCAUCAUGCGCCUCACCAUCAGCUACCUGCGCAUGCACCGCCUCUGCGCCGCAGGGCAGUGGAACCAGGUGGGAGCAGGGGGAGAACAACUGGAUGCCUGCUACCUGAAGGCCCUGGAGGGCUUCGUCAUGGUGCUCACAGCUGAGGGAGACAUGGCUUACCUGUCGGAGAAUGUCAGCAAGCACCUGGGCCUCAGUCAGCUUGAGCUCAUUGGACACAGCGUCUUCGAUUUCAUCCACCCCUGUGACCAAGAGGAGCUUCAGGAUGCCCUGACCCCGCGGCAGAGCUUGUCGAGAAAGAAGCCAGAAGCUCCCACCGAGCGGUGCUUCUCCUUGCGCAUGAAGAGCACCCUCACCAGCCGCGGGCGCACCCUCAACCUCAAGGCGGCCACCUGGAAGGUGCUGCACUGCUCUGGACACAUGAGGGCCUACAAGCCCCCUGCACAGACCUCCCCAUCUGGGAGCCCCAAUUUGGAGCCCCCCCUGCAAUGCCUGGUGCUCAUUUGUGAAGCUAUCCCCCACCCGGGCAGCCUGGAGCCCCCACUGGGCCGGGGGGCCUUCCUCAGCCGCCACAGCCUGGACAUGAAAUUCACCUACUGCGAUGAGAGGAUCGCAGAGGUUGCCGGCUAUAGCCCCGAUGAUCUGAUUGGCUGUUCUGCCUACGAGUACAUCCACGCGUUGGACUCGGACGCAGUUGGCCAGAGCAUCCACACCCUUCUGAGCAAGGGCCAGGCAGUAACGGGGCAGUAUCGCUUCCUGGCCCGGAGUGGUGGCUACCUGUGGACCCAGACCCAGGCCACAGUGGUGUCAGGGGGCCGGGGCCCCCAGUCUGAGAGUAUCGUCUGCGUCCAUUUCCUGAUCAGCCGGGUGGAACAGACCGGAGUGGUGCUGUCCCUGGAGCAAACGGAGCGACACUCACGCAGACCUGGCCGGCGGGGCACCCACUCUCAGAAGGAUACCCCUAAUCCUGGGGACAGCCUUGAUGCCUCUGGUCCCCGGAUCCUGGCUUUCCUGCACCCCCCUUCCCUGAGCGAGGCCACCCUGGCUGCUGACCCCCGCCGUUUCUGUAGCCCUGACCUUCGUCACCUCCUGGCACCUAUCCUGGAUGGGACUUCAGUAGCCGCCACCCCCAGUGCACCCCCGGCUUCCCGGCGCCCCCAAAGUCCACUUCCAGCUGAUCUCCCAGAGGAACUACUUGUGGACGUGGAGAAUGCACACAAACUCUUUGCCUCUGGGAAAGACCUUGAGGCAGUGGAGACAGAUUUAGAUAUAGCUCAGGAUGUUGAUUCUCUGGAUCUGGAGAUGCUGGCCCCCUACAUUUCCAUGGAUGAUGACUUCCAACUGAACUCCAGCGAGCAGCCACCCAGGGCCUACCACAGACCUCCAGGGGCUGUCCCCCGGCCUCGCGCUCGGAGCUUCCACGGCCUGCCACCCCCAACCCCUGAGCCUUCCCUGCUGCCCCGCUGGGGGAGUGACCCCCGGCUGAGCUGCCCCAGCCCUUCCAGACGGGACCCCGCAGUGUCCUCCCCCAUGGCUGGGGCUCGGAAGAGGACCCUGGCCCAGAGCUCAGGGGACGAGCCCGAGGGGGUGGAGCUGCUGGGAGUGAGACCCCCCAAAAGGUCCCCCAGCCCGGAACCCGAGACCUUCCUGUUGCCUCCCCUCAGCCUGAGCUUCCUUCUGACGGGAGGACCAGCCCCGGGGAGCCAGCAGGAUCCUAGCACGCACCUCCUGGCACUGAGUGAGCCCCUGGGCCUGGGCCCCUCACUGCUCUCUCUCUACCCGGAUGAGGACGCAGCGCAGCCCAGGAGCCACUUCCAGCCAGCAGCAGGCCUGGCCCAGGCCAACUGAGCCAGCCCCUCUUCCCGUUUGCCUUCUCCUCCCCAGAAAGGACCUCAACCACACUCCAUGCCGGCAGCCAACGCAGAGGAUGGGGCACUGGGAGAGGGCUUCCCUGUCUCCUCUCAGCGGCCCCACCCUCCUCGGGCCUACCUCAGCCCCCACCCCUCUGCCCCCGGUGUCUGGGAGCUCUCUGGGGUGGUCUCAGCUCAGUGACCUCUGGGAGGGGGUCCGUGGCCCCCUCCUCCUCCUCUCAGGACUUCCCUUGGGAUUCUCAAUACUGGUUACCUCGCCCCUUCCUCCAACGCUUUUGGCUUUUGGAUAAUUAGGGGUGGGGAAGGUUGGGGUUCAGAUCUGUAUUUCUGGGCUCUGGGGAGUAUUGACAACCAUAAUCCCAUUUUUUUUCCAUUCAUCUUUCUUUUAUUAUUAUUUUUGUUUUCAUUGUUUUCAUGAUACGUCUUUACUCGCUAUGAAUUCCCCGGGGUCCAUAAGAAUGCGGGACUCUGAUCUCUGCCCCAACAUCAGGGGUCAAUGGCGGUGGGGAUUCUGGGCCAGACCUUACUCCCAGCUACUUCUGAUUAAGCCCUUAGCCUUCCAAGAGGCCAUCCAGCUCUGCCUGACCCCUCCACUCAGGACUUUUGCUGCCCCAGCCUCGCCUGGGCACAGACUCAUUCAUGGGCUUCCUAUUCCAGGUACAGCUUCCGAAGUCCUCUGCUUCCAGAUCAUACAACGUUCAAUCUUCCCUGGUUCUAGAGUGCACAACCUCUGACAUUCUCAGAUUCUAGACUGUACAACCCCCGACAUGGUCCAGUUUAGACCUCACAUCCUCCAAACCCCCUCGAGUCCACCCUUAAAAUCUUCAGCUCUUUCUGGUUCCAGACCUCACAACCUCCAACUCUAUGUUCUCGUACUUCAUGGUCUCCAAAAUUGUCUGGUUCUAGGCCCCACAUCUUCCAAUUCCCUCGGGCUCCAGAGCCUAUGACCACCAGAGUCCUCUGGUUCUAGAACUCCCCCCGACAUACUCUGAUUCUAGACCUCUUCUCUAUAAACCCCCCUUGUUCUAUAUGUUACAUGCACACACUCCCCCUAUUUCCAGAUCUUACAACCAAUGAUCUCCUCUGAUUCUGGGCCCACAGCCCCAAGCUUUGUAUUGGUUCUAGUCUUUCUGAUCUGUAAUACAGUUUGUUUCAAAUCCAGACUUCCUAAUUUCAAAAACGUUUUGGUUCUAAACCUCAUGAUGCCCAGCUUAUUUCUUUUCAACUGUCUACACUCAAGACUUGCUUUUCCCAUCAAAAGUAGUAAAAUGAGUUUUAUGUCUUGAGGCUAUAACCAGUAUUUCCAGACCCAGGCACCACACUUCAGUUCUCUUUUGCUGUAGACCUCAUGACCUCUACCAUUCACUGGUUCUAGACUACCCAACCUUUAGACCUUGCAAUUUGUAGCACCCUGUGAUUCCAAAUCUGAUUUUCUCCCUUUACUCUGGUUCUAGAACUUGGUCUCCAAUGUCUUCUGAUUCCAGACCUCAUCCUAUAAAUUCCCUUGUUCUAGACCUCACAAUCCCUAGUUCUUCCUCACUCCAGAUCUUGCAAGUCCAAAUUAACCUGGGUCUAGAACUCAGCCUUCAAACAUCUUCUGAUUAUAGACCUUGCCUUCUUGAUUUCUCUGGUUCCAGACCUUCCAACUCCCAACUCCUGGUUCUAGAUCUUAUGACUCUGAAAAUCCCUCUGGUUUUAGAACUCAGUCUUCAGACUCUUUUCAAAUUCUAGUCCUUAUUCUAUAAGUUCCUCUGGCUGUAUGCCUCAAAGCCUCCAACUGCCUUCGAUUUCAGAUCCAUAUUCUUUUGGUUCUAAAUUACCCUCCAAAUGCUUCUGAUCCUAGAAUCUGAACCUCGCCUUCUAGAUUGCUCUGUUUCAGAAUCUUACGACUUCCUACCCCCUGAUUCCAGAUCUCAUCUUCUUAACCCUAUUCUGGGCUUCCCACCCCACUCAACUUGCUCAAUUCCUACUCUCUGUCUUAAGUCUUCCCAUUCCAGAUCCCUCCCCUCCAGAUCCCUCCACUAACAGACUUCAUGCUGAAGCCUCUCCACUCUCAAUCUUAUAUCCCUAAAAUUUCUGUGUCCUAAACGCUCUGCCUGCCCCAUCUCAGCCCUCCAGAUAUGCCCUCAACUUUACUUUACCCCAGGUAUGUGAGGGUACUUUAUCCCUCACAAUCCAAGAGACCCCCAGCCGCAUAGGCACACGCACAGCCCUAUCUACAUAUCGCAGGGUGGGGACAGAGACCAAGAGUCCUCAGUGCCCCACAACCACCUAUGUGUCCCUCUUACCCCAGCCUCCUUUCUACGAUGGUGCUACUCUUGGUGUCCCACAGGUAAAGGCCUCCCUCUCUCAGCCCGAUUCACCCCGUUUGGAAGGCACUUCUCACUCUGUUUUGUUAGGGGAUGGCCUGUCCAGAUUGGUGCUAUUGUGAGGGAAGGGUCUGACCUCUUCCUCCCUCAAGGGGUACCCUGGGCCCUCAGUGGAGGGCACAGUCCUGGGCUGGGGGAGGGGAAGGGGCUGGACCAGCCCUGCUGGCUCUGAAACCCACUGAUCUCUAUACCACCAUAAAGACUUCGCCUUGGUAGGCACCAGA